AUGUUGGUUGGAAGUGGAGUUCUUCUUGCAUUUGAUGACAGAUAUCCACAUUCAAUAUCACCAUUAUCUGGAUUAUUACAAAGUACAAGCUAUAUUGGUGGAAUUUCUGGUGGAUCUUGGCUUGUUAUGAGUAAUUUCAUUAAUGAUUUCGAACCAGUACACGUAUUGAAAGAUGGUGGAUGGAACUUUAAUGAACUGUUACUACAUGGUGUACCAAAUUUUGAUCCUAAUGAUAUUCCACAAGACAAUAGCGAACACCAAGCUAAAAAACCACAACGGAAACAACCAGGGGUGUUUAAUAGUUUAUGGGAAUUUUUUAGUGGGGAUAGGAUAAAAAAUGAAAAUAAAGGGAAUGGAUCUACAAUUACAACUUGGGUAAGUAAGUUAUUCAAGUCCAAUUCCAAAUCACUUGAAGAUGUUUACACAACUUUGAAGGAUUACUUAACAUUCUACAAAGAACUACUAAUUGAGGUCAAGGAUAAGAAGAAAGCUGGUUUCCAUACAUCUUUCACUGAUUAUUGGGGUAGAGCUUUGGCCAGAAAGAUAUUCAAGCCUACAGUACGAAGUCCCGGAAUAACUUUUACAGCAGCAACAAGAAUAUUGCCGUCGUUUAUUGAUUAUGAACAACCAUUCCCAAUAAUUGGAACCAUAGAAAAAGAUCCUAUUAAUCCAGAAUCAUCAACCAACUUGGACUCACAUUGUUUUGAAAUCACUCCAUUUGAGUUUGGGUCAUGGGAGUCGUACUUGAAUGCAUUUAUUCCAUUGAAGUACCUUGGAUCAUCAUUGAAAGCAGGAAAAGCGACAAACCUUUCCCUGGAUGGCACAUUUGCCUAUUGUGUUUCUGGUUUUGAUAAUGUUGGAUUCUUAACUGGUACGUCUUCUUCGUUAUUUAAUCAUAUCUUUGUAACUGUUUACAAGUUACUUGAAAAAUUUCAACUGGAAACAGCAUCCGCCAUUGAAAGUAUACUAAAAUCUCUUGGGUUGAGUACAGAAUGGAAUUGUUUCAAAACACCCCAUUUCCAUCCAGAUUAUGCAUUAUUUUCUCCCAAUCCUUUCUUUCAAUAUGGCCCAAACACUAGCAUUUCAAAUAGCCCUGAUUUAUACAUGGUUGACGGUGGAGAUGAUGGGCAAAAUAUUCCAUUUCAUCCAUUCUUAAAUUCUGCAAGACAAAUUGAUAUAAUAUUAGCAUAUGAUAUGACAAACGAGGUGAGCAACUUCCCCAAUGGCACGGUACUCCAAAGAACAUCACAAAGAUACCAACAGACAAACAAUAACCAGUUUCUGAUUCCAUAUUUUGAGGUACCAAAUGGAGCAACAAGUGACCAAUGUUACAAAUCUAUUUUUCCCAAGGUUCCUACUCCGGAACAGAUACUCAAACAUGAUUUGGGAAAAUAUCCAAUCUUUCUCGGAUGUGAUAUAGUUCAGGAUUAUGAGACUUUGAACGUUGUAGAUACAAGUUUACUUCGGAGAAACUAUCUUCCUCCCAUCAUAAUAUAUCAUGCAAACAAUAACUACGGAUACCCGUCCAACACGUCAACUUUUCAAUUAAGUUACAAUAAAACAGAAGUUGAUGGGAUGAUUUCCAAUGGGUUUAAUCUUGCAACAAAUAUGAAUAGUACGGCCUUUGCAGUUUGUUUGUGUUGUGCUAUGUUAAAACGUGAAUUUGACAGAAUAUCACUCCGAGUCAAUCCCCUUUGGAAUAACGGAUUUGUUGUACCCAAAUUUUGCAAGAAAUGUUACAAAGCAUUUUGCUGGAGGGAAUAA